AGUUUAGGUUUGUAGUUAAGAGGUCGUAUCCCCUACGUAAAUAUUUAGCCGCCCCCCUUUUGUUGACGUCUUGAGGUGGCAGGGUACAAUACUGGCUGGUUCCCGUGUUGCCCUUAACAACGCCUACAACAACUUUGAUGUUUAAGGCGUUAGCUAUUAGAAGAUACUGAAGUCCAUUGUUAUAACACUGAUAUGGUUGAUAGUGAGAGUGAAGGGGAGUGGAGCCCCUGGGGAGCUGAGGAGGAAGAGCACGCAACGCAACCACUGAUUGGCACACCUGCUUCACCAUCACAGAGAAAUUUGGCAAGCGGAAUGGAUGACACGAGGCCAACAAUACCACUUGUAGCAAGGCAUUCAAAGGGACAUGCUGCUCAGUAUCUCACUGCCUUUGCAGCUACCAUGGGUGCCCUGGCUGCUGGGACUGUGUUGGGCUACUCAUCUCCAGCUGGUCCUAAAUUAAUGUCUAAUACAACCACUGGACCGCUGCAUCUGACCACGGAACAAAAUAUGUGGUUCUCAUCGUCAAUGAACUUGGGAGCUCUGAUGGGGGGUCCUGUUGGUGGCCUGUGUCUUGGUGUUUUAGGUAGACGAGGCACAAUGCUGGCUUCCACGGUACCCUUUGUCGCUGGAUGGCUUCUUAUUGCAUUUGCACAAAACUUCGGAAUGCUGAUGACCGGACGCAUUGUAACAGGACUUUGUGCUGGUAUUACUUCCCUCGUUGUUCCUACAUAUAUUGGAGAAUUUGCUUCAGCUGAUGUAAGAGGGACUCUAGGUAGUGGGUUCCAGUUGAUGAUAACAAUUGGUGUGAUGUACGCCUAUGCAUUUGGAGCACUUGUCUCAACUUGGCAGCUUCUUGCAGGAUUGUGUAUAAUUCCUUCUGCCCUCUAUUGUAUACUUAUGCUCUUUGCAAAAGAGUCUCCAUAUUUCCUUCUCUCUAAAGGAAAAGAAGAGCAAGCUGCAGCAGCUCUUCAGUUCUUCAGAGGUAAGGAUUGCAAUGCUCAAACAGAAUUAGACCUGAUGCGGCAGUCCUUAGAAGAUGCUCGGCUUAACAAGGCAACACUGAAGGACCUCGCAAAGCCUUACAUCUUCAAGCCUCUCAUGAUCUCGCUUGCCCUUAUGUUCUUCCAGCAGUUCUCUGGGGUUAAUUCUGUUCUCUUCAACUUGACCACCAUAUUUAGUGAUGCAGGAUCUACUAUAUCUGAUAACAUGAGCUCCAUCAUCAUUGGAGUCGUACAAGUGGCCUCAACUUUCCUGGCUACUGUACUCAUGGACAAGGCUGGCAGGAGGUUGCUUCUGAUUGUUUCAGCAUCCUUCAUGGCACUCUCUCUUGUUGCGCUUGGAGAGUUCUUCUAUGAAAAGAUGGAAGACAAGACAUGGGCGGUAAACAAGUUGGGUUGGUUACCUCUCACCUCACUCAUCAUCUUCAUUACAGCUUUCUCAAUUGGCUAUGGCCCCAUUCCCUGGCUCAUGAUAGGUGAGCUCUUUUCACCCAAUGUGAAGGAGGCUGCUGGAAGUUUUGCUACUAUGUUCAACUGGAGUUUAGCAUUUGUGGUCACCUUAACCUUUGUUCCACUCCAAACAGCCUUGGGGACCUAUGGAGUGUAUUGGCUGUAUGCUAGUAUAUGUGUUGUCAACCUCGUGUUCUGCGUGACCAUUGUGCCCGAGACCAAGGGCAAGACAUUGGAAGAAAUAAAUGCAUACUUUGGUGGUCCUUCUUCUAUAGGUAUCACAAAUGCUCCCGAGAAUUAAUUAAACUAAGGUGGUUGUAUGCUAUGAUGAUAGUAUAUACAAAUAUAUUACAAUAUAUUGUGACUUCAUAUGGUUAUUGUUGUGAUUUUCAUAAAUAGGUAAAAUCUUUAUUGUUUAGUUUAAAGUGAUUGGCUUGUUAACAAAUUGCAUUUAUUUUAUUGUACAGUGUAGGUACCUGGUAAUCUAUUUAUUAAAA